UCCACUCCAAGACCUCUCUGCUCAGGACAGAUGGCUCCCAGCACCGUUUUCUUGGAGCCCGACAACCUGCUGACACCAAAAGAGAAAAAUAAACUGAGGAAGCCGGUGGUGGAGAAAAUGCGCCGGGACCGGAUUAACAGCAGCAUUGAGCAGCUGAAAAUGCUCCUGGAGAAGGAGUUCCAGAGGCACCAGCCCAACUCCAAGCUGGAGAAAGCUGACAUCCUGGAGAUGACUGUCAGCUACCUGAAGCAGCAGAGCCAGCUGCAGAUGAAGACUGCAGGAUCCUUCCAUAAAAGCUCCCAGUUUGACUACAGAGAGGGCUACUCCAGGUGUUUGCAAGAAGCUUUCUAUUUCCUCUCUCUCCACAAAGUCCGAACUGAAACACAGACCAAACUUUUAAGCCACUUCCAGAAGAGCCAGACAGCUGCUCCAGAGGUGUCCUUCUCCCCUGGGAAUGCCAGUGCCCUGAAACAAGUGUCUCCAAAGGACAGCAGCCCUCUCUGGAGGCCCUGGUAACCUGGGGAGUCCUCACUGCACUGACCCGUGACAGUCCAGAGGAAGGAUCUGGCUGCAUCUGAUAGUCCAGCUCUGAUCCUCUCUCCUGUAGGGAAUUUUAUUUCCCCCCGUGUUUUAUUUAUGUACGAGAGAAUGCCAUGCUUUUGACGUUUUUUGGGAUCCUCUGGCAAAAGCUGAGGUGUUCUGUUUAGUGUUGAAGUUGUGUAGGCACUGGUGCAGUGCUGCCCGGGCAGGGGCAACGUCUUCAGAAUGAAGGAGGGUGUUUGUAAAUGUUACAGUUUUGAUGGACAGGAAUUGCUGUAGGAGAUUUUCUCUAAUAUUCCCAGUAAGAGCCAUCAGCUUUGCUCUGGCUUGACUGACAACUCUGGUUGGCUCAGUCACUCCGGAGGAUAAAUUUAUUCCCUUUGGUUUAUACACACUUGGUUAAAAAAUUACCUUCUGUUUGCUUAUCUGUUGUGCAGUAUCAAAAAACAGUUUUGGUUUUGGUUUGGAUUUCUCCCCCAUGGCCCUUCCAUAGUCCUGUAUAUACAGUGUGAGGGAUGACCAGGAGUUAGGAAACUAUGUGGAAUAUUUCUACUAUUUGAUGAUUUUUUUCAAUUUAGAAAAAGAGUAUGUUAUUGCUUUAUGUUAAAGAAAAGUAGUAGGUAACAGGCUUGAUUUGUCAAUGUUAUACAUUCUGGGUGUAAGCUAUGCUUUUUUAGCAUUUUCAUUAUAAUAAUGAUUUUUAUCUGUAUUGAGUGGUUGAAUUCCUGGUGGAUGGUGUUUCUCCCAGUGCUGGGACUGCCCUAUGGCUCACCUGCAUACUG